CAAGCGGCAGCUGCAGCAGGAGGUGUGGAAGGCUUUGAGGAGCCAGCUACUGUGGGAAAGGUCACCCUUCACUCUCUGGACUUUUGGGUCAUCGUUAGCGGCGCCACCUACAGCAUGACACCUCGUGCGGACUUGCUCACCGAACUCGAACCGUCGCCGGUCAAGCAUGUUACAUCGGCUUUGGGGCAGCGAGCAGAGGUGAAGGGCAUGGGCAAGGCCAUGUUCAAGGGUGCUGAUGGGAAGAUGGUGGGCCUCAAGAACGUGCUUUUGGUGCCCAACUUAGCAGCCAACCUGAUUUCCGUUCGGCGUUUGCAAAAUGCCGGCAUGGACACAUCUUCCAAGGGAUCCAAAACCUAUACCGCAAGGCUUGGUGAGCGGAAGCUUUGGGACCUUCAUGAGGACAGGGACAUCUACAAUGAGAUGUGGCAAAUCCCAGCGAUUCGCACUGACCGUGGGGGAGAGUUCCUGAGCAAGGAUUUCUCAACUUGGCUAAAGAAUCAGGGCAUAAGGCACUCUCUUACCAUGCCCUACUCUCCUGCAAUGAACGGCAUCGCCGAGCGUGCGAAUCGGACACUCACGGAGACGGCACGGGGACUUCUCAUUGAAGCCGGUCUACCCAAUUACUUUUGGCCGGAUGCGGUGCGGCAUGCUUGUGUGGCCAAGAACAGAGCCUUGACUCAUGUGGGAGAAGACAAAUGGGUGCCCUAUGUGGAGUGAAGUGGCAUUGGGUGAGGAGCAUGGUAACCGCGGGUGAAGUGGAGUUGCACUACGUGAAGACGACGGCGCAGCCUGCUGAUAUGAUGACCAAGAGGCUGGUU